UACAUUCAAACGAAGAAGCUAUACCUAUACACUUUUGUAUUGAUUCAACUGUAUGAUCAUUUUGGACGAAAAAUGUUUUAAAUGGGAUAGACACGAUACAAUUCACUCACUAUAUACCUCUCUUAAACAAUUUGAAUUAAAACAGAACAUGGAGGUAGUAUUUAUCGCUGGACUGCGACUUUCAAAUUGCGAGGAGCACAUGAACGUCUCGGGAUUCCUCGUGUAGAAGUUACAGUUAGCUGCGGCGGCUAAAGGCUAAAACAACAAACAUUUCUGAAAAAAAAAAUACCUCUGGAUUUACGUUAUAAAGAGCUCGAUUUUAAGAGCGAGUCAGAAACUCUCUGGGUAUUUUAGCAGCACGUCGUCUCACCCGGAAAAACGACGUCCAAUUAGCAUACUAAUUAGCAUUAGCUAGCCUCAGAGUUCCAUGCCAGUUGAGCUGUCAGCGGCACAAGAUGUGGAGAUGUUUGCGCCGAGUCUGUCAUCAGAACAACAGAGAGAGCUGGCGAACAGACUCACCACUUUCCUGUCUCAGCACAGCCACUUAACCGACUCCUUCAUCAUUGAGUUCUUCACUGAGGAUCUCUGGCACUCAUUACCCAGCAGCUGGCAGCCUGUGCUGCAGGACCUGACGUACCCACAGGUCGCUGACCUUCUCCUGGACGCUGCACAUGGAGACAGGAGGUAUCCCUCCGUGUGGCCUCUGUCUCUCUUGGCUUUCCGCGCCACAGCUCACGCCCUGGCGUUUCCCAGGGAGCGCAGGCGGGAGCGAGGCAGGGCGGCCGGCUCGCCGAAGCCCGAAGAGUUCCAGGAAAACCAGAGUCAGAGCUCGCUGCUGGGCCACAUCUUCAGGAAACACGUCAAACCCAAGAAGCAGCACGAGAUCCGCAAGCUGGGCACGCUGGUGAAGCAGCUGUGUGAGCAGACUGACUGUAACAGAGUGGUGGAUGUCGGCUCUGGACAGGGUCACCUGACUCGGUUCCUGUCCUUCGGCCUCGGACUGUCGGUGACUGCCAUCGAGGCCGAUCGCACCCUGGUUUCCAUGGCGUCCAGGUUUGACGGACAGUUACUGUGGGCGUUGGAGAAGGAAAAGCAGAAGAACUGCUCAUCUCAGCUCCCCGGUGUUACAGUCGUCUCCCCGCCAUGUGGCCGGAUGGGUAAACCCCAAGGCAUCAUGGGAGGCUUUCGUCAAGCAGCUGAGUGCUGCAGAUUGUCGGUGAAGGUCCCCCCACUCCGUCUGGACCCAGCAAAAAGAGACUGCGUGGCUCUGCUCAUCGUCAGGGGCGCUCUCAGGAGGUCCAGACCUCACCGUCUCAGGACUCCGACACUCGCUCACAGGACGUCGAAUCGUUCGUCAGAACAGCGGCCGAGCGAGAGCGAGCCUGAGGAGCAGUCGUCUGAAAGCUGCCGGCCUGUCUGUGAGGAGGGGGUUCACCCUGAGGAAGACGAUCCAGACUUCGUCCUGACUGGUCUCCAUGCCUGCGGCGACCUCAGCACCACCCUCCUCCGCCACUUUGUCAACUGCCCACAUGUUCGCGGCAUCACCUCUGUGGCCUGUUGCUACAUGAAAAUCACAACCAAAGAAAACCCCUCCCCUCCAGGACUGGUCGAACCUCCCGCUCCGCCGACGCCGGCUCAGGAGCCGGUCCCCUCGGAGUUUGGCUACCCGAUGAGCUCCUGGGUGCGGGGGCUGUCGGGACAUCAGCUGUCCUAUAAGGCGAGGGAGGGGGCGUGUCACGCCGUGGAGGACUACAUACGGAGGCUCAGGGAGGAGAGCGAGCUGCUGAGGACGCACUGCUACCGGGCGAUGCUGGAGACGUUCAUCAGGGAUACGAGGCCGGAUCUACGGAGGGCAGGGAUCCAGACCAUAAAGAAAGCCCACCUACUGCCCUUCACAGAGUACGCCCGUCUGGGUCUGGCUCGGGUCGGCCUGCCUCCUGAGUUACCCCUGGACGCAGAGCGGGUGGAGGCCAUGUUGAAGCAGCAGGGCCGGGUGGUGGUGUACUUCAGCCUGGCCCUGCUGCUGGCUCCUGUGGUGGAGACGCUGGUGCUGCUGGACAGGAUGAUCUACCUGCAGGAGAACGGUGUGGACAGUCAGCUCGUUCCUCUCUUCGACCCAAACUUCUCUCCGAGAAACUUUGUGCUGGUGGCUCUGAAGCCGCGGGAAUAAGGAGGACGAAAAGGGAAAAAGUGUUGCUCUCCUUCACGUGACAGAAGGCGGCCUGAGUCUUAAUGUUAUUUAGAUUUUAGCCUGUUUUUAGUGUCAUGAAGUAGUGGACUACAAAGACUUUUAUUGGAUGGCCUUUGGGCGUCAUAUAAUCAUCAUAAUGAGUGCACGUCCUCGCUGCACCGUCCACACAUUAUUCACAUUGUGCACUCAGUAACAGCACAGAGGUAAUCAUGUGUUUGGGUUUGAUUUCUGUGGACACAAACACAUACUGUGUUAUUUUACUCUGUCCUCGAAAGCACCACUGGACAAUCAGGUUUUGUGCUUUUUUUGUAUCAGGCAUGGCAACAUAUCAGUGUGUGUGAGAUAAGAUCACAGUAUAUGCAUGGCACAGGUGCUGCUGGUGUCGCUUCCUCUCAGCCUGGGAUUUUAUUUGAUUUUAUUUUGACGUGUCUUUUGCAGCCUCAUGUUAAUAAAUCCUGUGGAUUUGGUCGUUUUAAA